UCUACCGACCCUCCAUCAAAGCACUCUAGAAGAAAAUGGCCAAAAGUGAAGUCAUGGUGUUAGGAYUUUUCUUCAUGGCUGUCCUGAUGAGCCCUCAGGAAUCAUGGGCUAUCAAAGAGGACCAUACCAUCAUCCAGGCAGAAUUCUAUCUGCACCCUGAUGAAUUAGGAGAGUAUAUGUUUGACUUUGACGGUGAUGAGAUUUUACAUGUGGAUUCGAAAAUUAAGGAGACGGUAUGGAGGCUUAAAGAAUUCGGACAAUUUGCCAGCUUUGAGGCUCAGGGUGCAUUGGCCAAUCUAGCUGUGGACAAAGCCAACCUAGACAUCAUGAUGAAGCGCUCCAACAACACUUGGGACUCCAAUGUACCUCCAGAAGUGACAGUGCUCUCCAGUGGUCCUGUGGAACUGGGAGAGCCCAAUGUCCUGAUUUGCUUCAUCGACAAGUUCUCCCCUCCAGUGGUCAAUGUCAGAUGGCUUAAAAAUGGACAGCCUGUCACCACAGGAGUGUCAGARACAGUCUUUCUACCCAGGAAAGACCAACUUUUCCGCAAGUUCCACUAUCUCCCUUUCUUGCCCUCCAAUGAAGACUUCUAUGACUGCGAGGUGGACCACUUGGGUUUGGAGAAACCUCUUCUUAAACACUGGGMGUUUGAAGAGCAAACUCCACUACCAGAAACUAAAGAGAAUGUGGUGUGUGCCCUGGGCCUGCUUGUGGGUCUAGUGGGCAUCAUCAUGGGGACCAUCUUCAUCAUCAAGGGCACGCAAAAAAGCCAUACAGGAGAACGCCGAGGGCCCCUGUGAGACAAGUGGAGGUGAURACCCUUUUUAGAAGAUCAGUGAAGAAGUUUCUGCUUUACUAGCUUUCCAAAGCUGAUGAUACCAGUGUUCAC